UCCGAGAAUUGACGAGAGUGAUUAUGCCAGCGAGACGAAUGAGGGGGAUAAUGGAGAAGUGAAAAGGCCCGUUGUGAAACUGUAAUUAUCUGACUUUUUCAACCAUGUUUUGGAGGUUUCUCGUUUUGAGCUUCCUCCUUGUGGUACCUGGAAGUCGGAUCUUUACAGCUGCCACUUUUGAGUUUCAACCAGAUUCUGCUCCUGAAAACGAUAAACUAAUCGCCAAAAUCAUCGAAGAACUGACAGAGCAGCAGAAGCUUGACAAUGCAUUGCAGCGGGGACCUGCCAUACAGGCCGACAAAAAGGGAGAGAACGCUGACCAGCAAGUCUCGGCCCAGGGCAACUCUCAGGGACUCAAUCUAGAACAAGUCGAACCCCAGUAUGUUCCUGCUGCACCAGGGGGGGACAUUCAAACUGACAAGCCGGAGAACGCUGCCCCUGAGACGCAUGCACCGCCUGGCAAGACAGCUCGUUUUCAUCACCCGGGCCCUUCUCAGGAAGAAGAGGGAUCCAAGUUUAUGGCAACCGAUGACAAAAAUUUUGUAUUUGUGUGUGCAGUUGCCACAGUAACAGGAUUCAUCGGAAUAUUGAUGGCUGGUGUCUGCUACUACAAAUUUCGUAAGAGCAGCAAAGCUGCCACGGAUGUAGAGUACCCGGCCUAUGGCGUGACAGGUCCCAUGAAGGAGCGAAUCCCCUCACCGGGCGACAGGAAGCUGGCACAGAGCGCUCAGAUGUACCACUACCAGCACCAGAAACAGCAGAUGAUUGCCAUGGAAAAAGCGAACGGGGACAUGAAGCACGACGCAUCGGAUGACGAUUCAGAAGAGGAUAAUGUGGAGGGAGACUACACUGUCUAUGAGUGUCCAGGCCUGGCUCCUACCGGAGAGAUGGAAGUGAAGAACCCACUAUUCCGUGGAGAUGAGACGCCGGUCACUCCUAACCAGGACAUUACAAGCCCACCCCAUGGCCGCAGCUCCCCGCCACAGAAUGAGGAGCACUAAGACGCAGCCGCCCUCCAUCUCUCUCACCCAGUUCACUCACUCACUUCCUGCAGCUAGAUGCAAUCAGGGAUUUUGUCCCACCCCUCCCUCUCUCCCCCCCUGACCACCACCCACCCCACACAUACAGACAUUCUGUUCUGGACUUAAUGAACUCUUAACAACUUUCAGCUUCAGUCUGUUGUGUCCACUGCUUAGACAGAGCGUCCAGACCUAGGGCAGAGAUAAAUAAAGCAAAGGGCUUAGCGUUUUGUGACCACGUGGGCUGUGGUAUUUGUCGGUGUUGUCUGGUGGUAUGUGUUCUGUUGUGAUAGUACACUGUGUCAUGAUAGCAUAAUGUGUCAGUCGAGUCUUGUGUUAAUGAUAGUAUCAUGUGUCACUCGUGAGUAUUGUUGUUUGGUGAAAUGUGCCAAAAACUUUUGUUUGUUCGUAGAAUGUCGAAAAAUGGGGUGGGACUGUGAACACCUUUAUUGGACAGAGGUUGUAUUCACUCUAAAAUCCGUAGGUUUUUUCGUUUUUGAGUCUGUGUGUGUGUGUACAUUUAUUGCAGAUUUAUGUUAUUUGUAGUUAGACCUGUUUUUAUAGGUACACCAUACCUUUUUUCAUGAAACGCAUCUAUUUAUCUUGUAGGUUGCUGGAAAAGGCCGAGGCGAAGUAUUAAAAAUAUAGGAAAA